CUUAAGCCCACAAAAGGCAUGAGAUUUAGCUUCACCAGCAUGAAACCCCCCCACCCGAAAUUCUCUAAAACCCUCGUAUCUCUGUAAGAAUGCUGCUCCGAAAUCGCCUCUGUACUUUUAAUUUCAAAUCUAUUUCAUCAGUUCCAUCAGCACAGUCUCAUCCGUUCACGCACUGUCUAAGAACUUACUUCUUUUUCUCGACCCACAAACAUUCCAACCAGAAUCGUCAAAUCUCGACUUCAGCUUCAAAAACAUCGAAGCGGUCAAUCUCCGAUGCCGCCCGGUUCGUGCGCACUGUGCUUUUCGUCCCGCCCGGGGUUGAGCCUGACGAAGUCACUGACGAGAUGAUAUUGCCCGGGUCCAACAUCGUAAUUGGACCCUAUGCGGGUCAUUCCCAGAUUAAAGAGGUAGAGUUCGUGAAAAGCAGCGGUCGGGCUAGAGAUUGCCCGAAAGAUGACCGUCCCGAGUUUGCCAUUCUGGGUCGUUCUAAUGUCGGGAAGUCGUCGCUAAUUAAUGCUCUGGUUCGCAAGAAAGAAGUUGCUCUUACUUCUAAAAAACCAGGGAAGACUCAGCUUAUAAAUCAUUUCUUGGUGAAUAAAAGCUGGUAUAUCGUGGAUUUGCCUGGUUAUGGUUUUGCUAAAGCUCCAGGCACUGUUCGAGUAGAUUGGUCUUCUUUCACAAAGGGUUACUUCUUAAAUAGGGAAACUCUUGUUGGUGUUCUUCUUCUCAUCGAUGCAAGUGUUCCUCCACAAAAGAUAGAUUUCGACUGUGCUAAUUGGCUCGGACGCAACAAUAUACCAAUGACUUUCGUUUUCACAAAAUGUGACAAAAUGAAGGCGGGCAAAGGAAAAAGACCUGAUGAGAACAUCAGAGAAUUUCAAGAACUGAUGAGAGAGAAUUACAAGAAACAUCCCCCCUGGAUCAUGACUAGCAGUGUCACUGGCUUGGGGAGAGAUGAGCUGCUUCUGCAUAUGUCACAGUUAAGGAACUACUGGGAUCAAUAGUUAUUUUGAGCUGUAUUUUCUUUCUUUCUUUCUUUCUUUUUUCUGGUCUGGAAAUUUUGAGAUUUUAUUUUGACAAAAAUGAAAUGUAAUUAUAGAAAUGAAGCAACCUUCUACAGUUUUAUAGUCACGUGACGAAGUGCUGUUUUGUAGCAUCAUAUGUAUACAUACCGUACAUUAAAUAUAGAAUUGUAUUUCGAGAACUCUCUAA